GGCUGUCUGUUGGAGUUCGCUGCUGCACUCAUUAGUAGCCAAGCAUGGGCAGAGUGUAGCAUGCCAGCCUCUAAACACUGGGCAACAGCAACGUAGCCAGGAGCUUCUCCACCGCACAGCCGCAUGUCACUACUUUAGGACUUUUCACUUCUUUUUUUCUACAUAUUACCUUUUGGUCCGUGGUUUUACCAUGGAGUUGGGGAAGAUUCAUUUGAAUCUAAAGACAGUACUGCUGACGAUGAUGAUGUUCAAAUGGGGAAUCCUGUGCACAGCCACUUCAGACAAAUGUUUGUCUGCGCCCUGCCAGAACGGAGCCACCUGUGUGGACACCAUGGAUGACUAUGCCUGUCUCUGUGCCAGGGAGGGGGUCCGAUACAUGGGCAAAGACUGUGAUGAGCUCUAUGACGCCUGCUCCUUCGCCCCGUGUGACGACUGCACCAGCACCCCGGGCACGGCAGAAUACCACUGCAUCUGCCCGGACGGAUUCACAGGGGAUAACUGCACUGAGGAGGUGGACGAGUGUCAGAGCAACCCGUGCUCUGAGCCCCGCUCUCUGUGUGUAGACCAGCUGAACGGAUACUUCUGCAGAUGUCCUCCUGGGUACGGAGGAUGGGACUGCAGGACACAUGUGACUGACUGCAUCGAUGAACCCUGCAGCAACAAUGGCACCUGUGUGUUGAGACCACAGGGCUUUGAAUGUCGCUGUGCACCGGGGUUCGAGGGGAAGACCUGUGAGGAAGAUGUGAAUGAGUGUUUGUCAGAGCCCUGUCAGAACGGAGCUAUCUGCAUCCAAGGAGUGGCCGAGUUCCACUGCUUCUGUGUGCCGGGGUUUCAGGGUUAUAACUGUGAGAUCGACAUCAACGAGUGCGCCUCGCGACCCUGUGAGAACAACGCCACCUGCAUCAAUGAGAAGGACCACUAUGAGUGCGAGUGCCUGCUAGGCUUUGCAGGAGUCAACUGUGAGGUGGAAAUCGAUGAGUGUGAGUCCGGCCCCUGCCAAAACGGCGGCACCUGCCACGACCUGGUCAGCACGUACUCGUGCGAGUGUCUGCCCGGCUUCGAUGGCAUCGACUGUGAGCUGGAUGUGGACGAGUGUGCCAGUGAGCCCUGCCAGAACGGAGCCCGCUGCCAUGACAUGGUGAACAGCUAUGAAUGUGACUGCAGCGAUACAGGAUUCCAGGGGGACUACUGCGAAGUGGACAUCCCUGAGUGUGCCUCCGAUCCCUGUCAGCACGGCGCCUCGUGUUCAGAGGGAGUCCGAGGAUACGCCUGCCUCUGCUGGCCAGGUUAUGAAGGACCAAACUGUGAGAUAGAUAUCGAUGAGUGUGGUGAGCAGCCGUGUGAGAACGACGGCGAGUGUUUCGAGCGCUCCGAUCCGUCCCACUGGGAGCUGGACUGGGAGCUCAGCUUUGCAGAUGCAGCUGGAUAUAUCUGCCAGUGUCAGCCAGGCUUUGCAGGAGAGAACUGCUCGGUCAACAUUGACGAGUGUGAGUCUGAACCGUGCCAGAACGGAGCCACUUGUGAGGAUAAGAUCAACGGCUACACCUGUGCAUGUGCUGCUGGAUUUCUAGGUGAGCUGUGUGAAGUCAACAUUGAUGAAUGUGAGAGCCAGCCGUGUCAGAACGGGGGCUGGUGUGAGGACGGCAGGGCAUCCUACACCUGCCACUGCCCUGAGGCCGAGCCAGGUGAACUUCCAUGGGGAGGGGAUAACUGCCAUGUGAAACUCUACGGCUGUGUGGACCAUGAAUGCCAGAACGGUGCCACGUGCCAGGCGUGGCUGGAGGCUGGAGAACACGGCCACACAUGCUUGUGCCCUCAUGGCUUCUAUGAUGAGCAGUGCUCCACCAGAACUACUUUCUCCUUCUCAAGUCCUGGAUUCAUCCACAUCCAGGUUGUUCUAGAAGAAAGGACCCGCAGGGAGGUGGAGCACCGUGGUCACCAUGGUUUCGGAGUACAGCUACGCUUCCGCACGACUAUACACAAUAUGUUGCUCUUCUACAGAGGGGACGUGGACAAUCACCUCAUCUUGGAGAUUGUGAAUGGUGGUCUUCACGCAAAGGCCUUUUCUGAGGAGUCUGAACUGGAUGUAACAUUUCUUGGUUUGGUCAGUGACGGAGACUGGCGGGAUGCUCAUGUGUUUGUAGAUAAUGAAGGCCUGGUUCUGAUUGUGAAAGGUGCUGGCUGUGACAGGGACGGGUGCACAGUCACAGAUGGUGGUGCUGAUGAACCAGCUUUCCAGCCCUCUGAAGCCUUCACUCAGGUGUAUGUAGGUGGAGCACCAGAGCAGCUUUUGGAGUACUCUGAGAGUGGUGCGGGCUUCAUUGGAUGUAUGGAAGACCUGAUGAUCGACUCUAAGCCUAUCCUACCGCAAACGCUUCCAGAAGACCAAGGCCAUGAGCUGGGCUGCAGUAAGACUGAGUGGUGUCAGCCAGACCCCUGCUAUGGACAUGGACGCUGUGUGGACCUGUGGACCAGCUACCAGUGUGACUGCUACCGGCCCUUCCAUAGUGAGCACUGCGCUCAGGAAUUCCCUUCCUGGACAUACAGCCAUGAGGACACAGUGAGCUUCAGUGUCUAUGAUGUAGGUCAGAGCCAUGAGAGCAACUUCAACGUGUCCUUCUUCCUGCGCUCCUUAAAGCCAGACGGGCUGCUGUUCCAGCUCCGGAGAGCCACAGGCGUCUACUUCUCCGUCUACCUGGGGAUGGGGAGGGUUUUUGUCAGCUCUCUGCCCAACAGUGCCCCACUGACAGCUCCGAUAUUUGUGACUACUGGCGAGAAGCAACUUCUACAGGUGGAAGUCCAUCACAGACAGGUGAUCUUUGAGCAUGCAGGACUUCGCUAUGGAAUAGGAGAGAUCCCUGAAGUGGAUGUUAAGAGUGGGGAUCAGGCCUAUGUAGGGGGACUUCCAGGAGACUGGGACUCUGACAUGUGGGGGGGGCAUUACAAAGGUUGCCUGCAGGACCUUCGGUUAGACUCGGUGCAUCUCGAUGUGGAUGCCUGGAACAGCUCGGAUGAGGAGGAAGUGUAUUUACCAAGUGAUGCUGAAAAUGUACAGAAGGGCUGCGUCAGUGAUGACACUUGCAAGAUGAAACCUUGUCAGAAUGGAGGAGAAUGCACCAUCACAUUCAACGAUUUCACGUGCUCUUGUCCAGAGGAAUACACCGGAAAGACCUGCGAAACCCGUGUGUGGUGUGUUAGUGAUCCUUGUGUCAACGGUGGCCAUUGUGUGGACCUUCCUGAUGGAUAUGAAUGUGUGUACAAUGCCACGUUUGAGAACAGCCCUGUGCACUACAGUGCUGCAGGCUCCCUGGCUGAACCUGUCUCUAACAUAUACAUGGAGCUGCGCACUCGUUCAGAGAACGCUGUGCUCCUGAGGGCCUCCUGGGGCUCGGACCUGCUGCUGGUGGGUCUGCUGGACUCCUCAGUCCGGGUGGAGAUCCACAUUGGCAACAGUGUCGAGGCGCUGACCUUUACAGGAGUUCGUCGGGUGGCUGACGGGAGCUGGCAUCGCGUGAACAUCUCAAUGGCUGAGAAGGAGCGCAAAUCCUCUCCCUGGGUCAUCACCGUGGAUGGAAUCACAGACGCCAGCAGCGGGCCAGAGCGCACAGGAAGCCUUGGCUUUCUCAGGGAGAAGGGGGCCAUGCUGGCCAUUGCAGAAAGCUUCACUGGCUGCUUGGGUGCAGUGAGGCUCGGCGGAGUCUACCUGCCUUUUGUCGAUGACUACAAAGCCCCGCAGCCGUCUCAGUUCCACUUAGCUGGAAAAGCAAAGAUUCGUUUGGGUUGUACCAGUGCCCCUGUUUGUGAUUCAGACCCUUGUAUGAAUGGAGCCACCUGUGAAGACCUCUUCAAUAAGUUUGGCUGUAUGUGUGACUCGGGUUGGGAAGGGGAAGUGUGUGAGACAGACAUUGAUGACUGUGUGUCUCAGCCCUGUGUUCAUGGAAGUUGUAAGGACUACUUAGCUGGUUACGAGUGCCACUGCCACCCUGGAUAUGCUGGCCCACUCUGUGAAGAGGAUCUGGACGAGUGUGAGCAUCACGCCUGUGAACAUGGAGGCACCUGCCAGGAUGGCGUCAACAUGUACACCUGUACCUGUCCCAAGGGCUACAGUGGCCCUCUCUGCCAGUGGGACUAUCCUCCGAUCCAGUGUGGUGAAGAUGUGCAGUGUGAAAAUGAUGCCAUCUGCAAUGACGGGCUGUGGGGAGCUAACUGUACGUGUAUGCCAGGCUUUACAGGCAGCAGGUGUGAACUGGAGAUUGAUGAGUGCGAGUCUAACCCCUGUCGAAAUGGGGGUUCCUGUUUGGAUCGGUUCAACAUGUUUGUGUGUGAAUGCCCGCCCGGUUACAGCGGUCCAAUCUGUGACACUAACAAACAGGCCCAGAAACGAGGCAUCCCCUGGCUGCUGGUGGCCAUCCCGCUGCUCUGCUUCUGCGUACUGAUCCUCACCAUCGGCCUGGCCUUCAUGGUGCUCACAGCCAGGAAGAAGCGCCAGUCGGAGGGCGCAUACAGCCCCAGUGCUCAGGAGGUGGCGGGAGCUCGGCUGGAGAUGGACAGUAUGCUCAAAGUGCCACCAGAGGAAAGACUCAUCUGACACAGAGGCCAAGCAUGCUGGGAAACUUUUAGAUCCUCCACCGAGGGCAUGUGUUGUCUGGUGGUGCCAGGUACUGAGCCGGUCUGCUGCUCUGUGUGGCGCUGCAUUAACUCUGUAGGGGCUGUGUUUCUGAGGACACAGCCCCGAGUACCGUACACACUGUAGUUUGUCUAUGGCAGGUCCUUCAUCUGUGUUUAUAGUCCCAACUAGUGCAGACAGGACAGUUUCCGGGCUUUCUUUCAGGAAGCAUGACACAGUGAAGCUACGAGCACUCACACGCUGUGGAAAGCAUUGUCAGUAGAUGUUAGGGCCGAGCAGCACCCAGCAGUCAGUAACGCUGGACGUCCUCUAUUGGCCACUACAUGCUGCUCUAGAAAAACUCUCAGCCUCUAUUGGAGUGGUUGGGAAAAUGCUCCAACCUCUCUAUUACAACAAAGGAAAACAAUUGCUUUUUCCAGAAUUACUUGUAAAGUGGGUCUUGGUGGUGAUUUAUUUUUUUUUACUAAAAAUGCUCCACUUAAAAGACAAGAUAGUUUAAAUAGAGGCUUAAUUAUGAGUGGGUUUGUUGAAUUAGGGGUGUUUCCAUCCACCUGUUUUCAUAGCAGGUUUAAUUUGUGCACAAAAGAAAACAAAUGUGAGUGGAAAUGACCUCAUACAUGAAGCAUGUCACUGAAGAGGCUGGGAGCUUCCUGUAACUCUUUUCUCCAUGCUUCUUGUUUGAGCUUUAACUGGAGCUCUUUUAAUUCACCAUCAUCAUUCUGUUGUGUCCUCUUCUGCUGAAAUGGUUUCAUGGCUCCACCAGCUGAUAUUCACAGAUUGGGGGUUGGUUGCAGCUUGCUCCUCCAGCUUCCGCUAAACAUACAAGCUUGCAUAGUUUUUACAAAGUACUAGAGAGUAGGAUUAAGAUUGCAUAAAGGAUUCCCAAACAGUUUACCAGGAGACUACAGACUGCAUCAGAUUGUAGGAUUGGAGAGUGCAGUUUCAUAUUGCUUGAAACUCAGACACACAAGAGGACUUCUACACUUUUCUCAGCAGUAAAACUGGCGCUGUCACACUGCACCUUCGGCCUCCUGUCAAUGCCCGGUUGCUGUUGAACACACAUCCUGCUCAACCUUCAAUUUAGUUGAGUUUUGUCUGUCCAACCCUGGCCACAUAUCAGCGUAGUGAUGGCCUUGCCCUGCACAAUUUUGCACUCGUACUUUGUGUGUGAACGCAGGGCGAGGCUCUGGCACUUUGUGGUUCCACUGACUGACACACACAUCACAGAGAUGUUAACAACAGUUAAGAAAUCAACUCUCUGCUAAAGUCACUCAUUGGCGUGUCCAGACUUUGACUGCACCGAUUCAUGCAGGGCUGGCAUGAAGUGUGUGUACACACACACACACACACACACACACACACACACACAACACACACACACACACACAAACAGAUAGCAUUACAUACAUUCCUGUGUUUAAAAGUGUAAUGUAUGGGGUGGCCAAUCAGAUUUCACGACUCUGAUGGCAGAACAGUUUGAAGCAGUUUUGUCACAAAAAGUCGCCUCAGAGCACCAGGAAAUGUACAGCACCUUAAAAAGUCCCUGCACCCAGCGGCUCACCCUGAGCGCUACAGGACCACUCGGUGGUCGUAGUCAGGAGCCACACGGCCAGUUUGACUCCUGACGUAGGGCCAGCUGGUCCCUGAUGCUUGGAUCCACCUCACUGUCUCUCACUGCAUGCGCCCUAGUGUUUAAAUGCAUCGUUUGACAAAGUCAAAAGGAAGUUGUGGAACUGGUCAAUCUGGAGUCUGUACCCUGCACACACAGCAGGCUACACAGGGCAGCUUCAGUACUCUAGUGCUAAAAUAUUAAAGUUACUAAAGUUGUUUCAUCUUCAUUUAGGAAUAUGCACCAUGUGGAUACACAAUAAGACAGAUAUUGUGUAAAUUGAUUGUUAAUAAAUGACCAAAACCCAGUUGCCAUGUAGUGAACCUGAGACUGUUGGGGGUCUGGGAUAAUCCAUCCUUGUCUGGAGGCUGUGCUCCAGAGGUGGUGUGUAAAGUGACCAACAGUGUCACAUAUCAUACUGGAUCAGGUGGACAAAUACCAGAAUUCCCUCAGACGGUCUGGGUAAGCUUUAGAAUAAAGCUCCCUUUAUAAAUGGAAGAACAUGACGUGACCCUUGACCCCUAAAGUAGCACUAGGACUCUACAGCACAUACUCCCUACUGCACUCCUCAGACACUUUGGUAGACUCGAGAAAAUGUGUGUUUGAAAGAGGACUGCUGUCCAGGGUAUAAAACCCAUACAGAAACAACAUUAUUUUCAUUUUGUUUUGUUCCUGAUCUCAGAGUGUACACAGCCUGGUCCUGUGUCACCGCUGUACAGUUUGUAUAUUUAUUCUCUGAAGUUUUAGCGUCGGCUCAUGUUUCAGUAGCAAUGUGUGUUUAUAUCAAUGCAGAAUAUAUUAAAGCCAGGUUUGAUGAUAUGAACAUCUCAAUAUGUAGGCGACAUUGUUAGGAUCUAAGGUUGAAAUAUUGCACCAAAAUAAGUAAUGAAAGGAAUAAACAGACCCAUGGAAACAGAGAUGUGCAUGUCAGUAUUUAGUACACAGUCAGGUGUUGGCUGCACGUUCUGUCAGGAUGUUCACAUUAUACACAUGUAAUAAAGUCAAACUGGUUCUGAAGUGUCCUGAUUAUCCACCGUGUGUUCACAGUCUGCAGUGUAUCCCAGCAUGCAUUAGGCCAGAGGACAGAUGUCCUGUAGUGUUCAGACUGUGAGGGGGAAGUAAAAAAUAUUUUCUUCUGUUCUGUUGUGUUUUAGAAAUAUGAGCACCAUUUAAAAGACAAUGCUUUGGAAUUUGCAGAAACUAUUAUACAUGUUUUCUAGACAACAGGAACUAGAAAGGGGAAUGAAAAUAAACUAGAAGAACGUGUUUUAACAAUGUCUUAACUUCCUCAAAAAAAUGUAUUUGCCAAAAAGUCUUCAAAAAUGAUUUCACUUUUCACAAAAUUUACACUUUUUGGAAAGUCUACAUUUUCCAAAAAUAUCUUAACUUUCCCAAAAUAACUUCACUUUACAAAAAUGUCUUAAGUUUCCAAAAAAAGAUGUCACAUUCCGAAAUAUGACUUAACUUUACAAAAACAAUUACUUUGCUUUCCAAAAAUGCCCUUAUUUUCAUUAAUUACUUUAUUUUUGAAAAAAAAAGUCUUAACUUUGCCAAAAUGACUUUGAAAUAUGUGUUUUCACUUUCCAUUUUCACUUUCUAAAAAUGAUCUCACACCCAAAAACAUUUACUUUUCCAUUAAAAACAACAACUUCUCUUACAAAAGAACUGAGGCCAUGUUCUAUGAGAAACAGUGAACCAGUCACCACGGUAACAUGAGCCUCAAACAGCACUUCUAAAAACCUUUCUGUCAUUCCCGUCUUCGGAGGAGGAGAGUUUUUCAUUCCAGGCUCUGCUGCUGAGCGACUCCUGUCUUUCCAUGUAUAGUAAUAUGCAUAGAAUAGUCAGAGGCCAGAGGAAUGAACAUGAAGACAGAGAACCAGAUCCCAGAUUAAAUAAACAUUUGUAUCAGAUAUCACUUUUUAAUACUUCACCACACCAAAUGUUCUUGCAUUCCAUAUUUGUUUUACAUUUUCCAACCUUCAUGCUGUAACAGUGUUGAUUAUUAACCUGAGCAAGAGCAAAAUGUGUGAAAAUAAACCUUUACAUGUAAAAGUG